GCAUGGCGCAAUGUGGGAGUCCAGUGGGGCGUUCACAAGUUCGGCGGUGCGUCCCUCAACGACGCGAAGCUGUACCAGACCUGUGGUGACUUGCUUAUCUCCGAGUCGAAGAAGAACGCUUCGUCGGGCAAGGACCAGCCAACAGCCGCCAUUGUCUCUGCAGCCGGAGGCAUGACAGACAUGCUGGUUGGCAUCAUCAACAGCGCGCUGACUUCCGUGGAGGAGUCCAGGGAAAAGCUGAAGGCUGCCGCAGACAGGCAGAAGGCGAUUCUGCUGGAGCUGGUUCCAAACCACCCGGAGCUUACAGACAAGGUCAUCGCCAACAUUGACAAG